AUGGCCAGCGAAGCUCCCCAGUCAUCACCCGACGCCGCCUCCCUCCUCCACAGCAUAAACCUCCCUCUCUUAUUCCCCUUCUUCCUUGGCUUCUCGACCUCGGCGUCUCCGCCGGACCAAUCCGGCUCCGGCUUCCUAACCCUGCCUGAGCGGUUCGUUCUCAUCAACCCAUUCACCCAGAGCCUGGUCGUCAUCGGGACCGGCCCGGAACCCCCGCAGGGUGCCGGGGGUGGGCGGCCGCCGGCGUCGAGGGCUUCGGUGGAGGCCAUGCCGGCCGUGGAGGUCGAGGAAGGCCACGAGUGCGAGUGCGCCAUCUGCCUGGAGAACCUCGUGGCCGGAGAGCCGGCGAAGGAGAUGCCGUGCAAGCACAGGUUCCACGGGGGCUGCAUCGAGCGGUGGUUGGGGGUCCGCGGGACGUGCCCCGUGUGCAGGUAUGAGAUGCCGGUCGAGGAAGGGGAGGCCCGCGAGAAGCGAGAAGGGGGAGUCUGGGUGAGCUUCGCUUUUGGUGUCGGUGGCGCCGACAGCGACGGUCACGUUUCUUCUUCUUCUUCUUCUUCUUCUUCUUAG